AUGAGAAAGAAAUAGAAUAAGUAUUAGAAUUUGAAGAAAUCAAAGCUGAUGAAUUAUCUUGAAACUCUAUAUGUAAUUCAACAUCAUUUGAAUUUCGUUUAAGGUAUUUAGUCAAUCAUCUUUGAGUAAAGCAAUAAUGAUCAGAUGGAAAACCAUGUUAUGUGUAUUUUGCAACCCUAUAAAAAUUUUUCUGAUAAAAAAAGAGUUGAAGGUUAAUACAAAAAGUUGAAGCUUCCAAAAUCUCUUAAAGUAAUGGAAUUGAUUUAUCUGAUUAAGGCUAUGCUCGGGCGAUAUAAAAAAGAGCAAUCUUUGUAUUUGUUUGCUCGAAAAAGAUCUAAUAAUAAAAAAAGACUUUCGAGAGAUAGAUUCUGCUUUAUUAAGUAUUCAGAUAAAAUUGAGGAUGUGUAUUAGAAGUACAAAUGGGAACAGGAAAGUAUUUUAGUUAUUUGCUAUGCUUUUGAGAUUUUCCUUGGUUGA